UUGAUAGCCAACUGCACUUUCCCGUAAGUUCCCUGGCCUAGCUUUCGUAUCACUUGAAACCUCUGCUUGAGCUUGUGCUUUUUUUCCGGGGGCCUGCCCCCGUCCACACGUUCCUCUUGAAGCACCAUGAUCACAGUCGAUCACACAAGCAGGGACGAUCACGGGAAAAGCGAUUCACCACUGGGCGACGAUGUUCUACGUGCGAAGACCGGCGUUUCCAUCAGCUGUAGUCCGAAGUUCAGCUGCGCACAUCACACGAGAGGGCGAUAAUACCACACACACAUACGGAGCGUGUAUUGAAGAUCGCUGAAGAUGGGCAUCCGCGACUCAAGGAUGCUCUUCAGUGGGCAGCCGCUGUCGCGUUAACGCCAGAGUGAACGCUGGAGUCUGUCAUGUCUCCGUCGCUGCCGGGGAAGUGGCAGGCGCGACGUCAGCUCGGAAAAGGGGGCUAAAUUUAGACGACUGCUCUCAUAUUACGAGGUUCGCCAGGAAGCGGGGCCUGACCGACCGCAUGCGUCGGACAAACUGUUGCGCACACCCUGGGCAGCGCCCGUCCCUAGAGCUGUUCAGCUGCGUCUUUUCGUAGCUCGGCCAGUGUCCCUCGUCCGUGCGUUCCGUCAACACUGAUGACAAAGACGUCCACUUGGCCAGGAUUUCGUCCGCUGAUGGCAUCCAUCGGCGGAUGCGAAAUCGUAGAGUACACUUUCUGCCACUCUCCACGUAGGCGAGUGUUUCGUCGGGUAUGGCAAUGGCACCUGACACAACGGGGGGUUCAGCUUUGUGACUCCUUUCGUUGCAGACGAUUUCGUUUUCCGACUUCCGGGCUUCCGCAGUCAACAGACGACGGCGGUGUUACCAUGGUGACAGAGUACACAUCCACGCGAAGCAGAACAACACAUUGGCCAAAAUAUGCGAGCUGUGGCUUUGUGGGUCGACAAAGUUCACGAUCGUGAAAACAAUGAGCAAUGCAUCUACGAUUUGGCAUUCAAACCCGACGGCAGCCAGCUGAUCGUUGCCGCGGGAACCCGGGUGCUGGUGUACGACACAGCGGACGGGGCCUUGAUCCAGCCGUUGAAGGGCCACAAGGAUGCAGUCUACUGUGUGGCCUACGCCAAAGACGGCAAACGUUUCGCUUCGGGUGGUGCGGAUAAGCAGGUCAUUAUAUGGACCGCGAAGCUGGAGGGAAUCCUGAAAUAUUCGCAUCAUGAUUCCAUUCAAUGCAUGACGUAUAACCCUAUGACACACCAGUUGGUCAGCUGCUCAUGUUCAGACUUCGGGUUGUGGUCAUCGGAGCAGAAGUCUGUAUCAAAACAUCGUACCGGGGGCCGUGUGACCAGCUGUAGCUGGCAUCCGGAUGGAAACUACCUGGCACUUGGUCUGGCAUCUGGAGCUGUCAGCAUUCGGGCCAGAGCUGGGGAAGAAGUCGUAAAGUUGGAACGACCAGGUGGGGCUGCCGUCUGGGGCGUUUGCUGGAAUCCUAAAAAGGUAGAAGGCCCAGGCGACGUGCUAGCUGUUGCCGACUGGGGCCGAACUUUGAGCUUCUACAAUGCAUCGGGUCAAGUCGUCGGACGCGAACGAUCCUUACCACAUGACCCAACGUGUGUUAGCUACUUUCCCCAAGGAGAUUACCUGGUUCUUGGAGGCUCUGGCGGUGAAGCUCUUGUCUACGCUGAUGACGGUACCAACCUCGGUACACUCGCUCAGCACCCAGAUACCUGGUUGUGGUGCUGCCGCGUUCAUCCAGAUGCCAGGCACCUGGCGUUAGGCUGUCAAGAUGGCACCAUUGCUUAUUAUGAGCUGGGAUUUUCGACGGUUCACAGCUUGUACAGAGAGCGCUACGCGUUUAGGGAUAACAUGACCGAUGUCGUGGUCCAGCACUUGGUCACCGAGGAGAAAGUCCGAAUAAAAUGCAGAGACCUGGUGAAAAAAUUGGCCAUCUACAAACAAAGACUGGCAGUUCAACUCCCAGAUUGCAUCGUUAUCUACCAAGUUAGCCCGGAUCCAAAUGACAUGCAAUACAAAGUGAAAGAAAAGGUCCAUCAGAAAAUGGACUGCUCACUUUUAGUCGUCUGCAUGCGGCACCUUGUUCUAUGUCAAGAGAGGCAACUCCAAUGCCUGUCACUGCAAGGCACACGGGAAAGACAGUGGUUGCUGCCCAGCGCGAUACGUUACAUCAAAGUCUUGGGAGGUCCCUCUGGACGCGAAGGUCUACUUGUAGGAACCAAAGAUGGACAGGUGUUGCAACUGCUUGUAGACAAUCCAUUUCCGAUGUCUCUCCUACGAGCGUCCUGUGCUGUCCGCUGCCUCGACGUCAGCCCUGACCGAAGGCGUCUGGCACUCGUCGAUGACAGGGGCACGCUCCUCGUGUAUGACAUUGCUUCUAAAGAACUUCUCUUCCAAGAACCAAAUGCCAACAGUGUCGCUUGGAAUGCACACAACGCAGAUAUCCUGUGUUUCACCGGUGGUGGAUACCUGAGCUUGAAAGCGGGACGUUUUGCAGUGUUGCGUCAGAAGCUACAGGGCUUUGUGGUGGGCUUUGCCGGUGCCAGAGUGUUCUGCCUUCACUACAGCAGCGUGUCUGCCAUCGAAGUGCCACUGACGCCCUGCCUUUAUCAGUACCUGGAGUCCAACAUGUUCAAGGAAGCGAUAGCAGUGGCCCGCAUGGGGGCGUCCCCAGAAGAUUGGCAAGCCGUGGCACGCGCUGCAAUGGGGCAGCUUGACUUUGACGUAGCUCGCACGGCGCUGGUCCACCUUCGCGACAGACCAGCGCUUAAGUUGCUCUCAGAUAUACAGGAAAGUAAAGCACGAGGCGAACCGAACGAUGCGCUGCUCGCGCGAGUGCACGCUCACGAGGGCCGUUUCUCCGAAGCGGCUCGCCUGUUCAAGCGGGCCGGUCGAGCCCAGGCAGCCGUCGACAUGUAUGCCGAUCUCGGAAUGUUUGACCUGGCUCGGGAGCAAGUUGGACCCGACUCUGCGGACGCUCAAGUUCUGUUGCGCAGAAAAGCCGAGUGGGCUCGUAGCAGCAGAGACCCGCGUGCAGCAGCUAACUUGUUCCUUCUGGCAGGGGACGCUUUAAGUGCCGUCGACGUCCUCGGCAAGGCUGGAAGUGUUGAUGCACUCGUGGAGCUGUCCCAGCGGAUUGAUCGUCGCGAUCGUGAAGCACUGACACGCUGUGCAGAGCUGUUGCUGCAACAUGGACAGCCCACGUUAGCGGCUGACCUCUACCAACGUACUGGGGACAACAAGGCCUUGCUUAAACUUUACAUCGAUUCUGCUUGUUGGGAAGAGGCACUUGCUAUGGUUGAGGGACAAACAGAGUUCCAGCGUGAAGUACAGUCGAAUUACGCCCGCUGGCUUGCCGAGAACGACCGAUUUGCCGAGGCGCAGAAAGCUUUUCACGCUGCUGGAUGCAGAGAUGAAGCCCUGGACGUCCUCGAGCAACUGGCACGAAAUGCAGUCGACGAGCAUCGGUUUCGAGAAGCGAGCCACUGUUAUUGGCUGCUUGGCAGACAGCUCCUCCAAUUGGCUGCAGAUGAAGACGUGAACUCGUUCAGUAGACAAUGCCUUCUCGACCGCUACGCCAAGUUGGAGCGACUGGCAGACAUCUACUACGUGUACCAUAACGUGCAUCGCUACAUCGAAGAGCCAUUUACCGCAUUUUUACCGGAAGCCCUUUUUCACAUGUCAAGAUACCUACUGCACGAACUGAGCACUGCUUCCGGCUCCUACGAGACGGUUCCCGGAGUCUCCGUGGUUGGCGUACUAUACGCGCUGUGCAAGCAAAGUAGCAACCUGGGAGCGUUUGGUCUGGCACGAAGGUGUCACGAACGCUUGGCCAAGAUGGCCGUACCAGCUCGAUUCCGUGAGUCCCUCGCCCUCUCGGCACUGACGGUGCGUGCUAAGCCAUUCAGCGACGCACAGGAUCUCUUGCCCGUUUGCUAUCGUUGUUCCGCAACGAAUCCGCUGUUGAGUACCGGACACCAAUGUGUGCGCUGUGGUCAGUCGUUUGUGCACUCUUUUGCAACUUUAGAAGUCUUACCGUUAGUCGAAUACACCCUUGCGAGUGGAAUCUCGGACGACGAGGCCGUCGCAAUAAUACAAGGGACGCAGAAACCCGAGAAGAACCAUGCAAGAAAGACAGAGUCGCUGGUACCCAGCUUCCAAACUUUAAACAUCGAACACGAGGAAGACUCUGAAAAUGUGCCCUGGGGGUUGGAGGACGGGUCAACUCUGGAGACUCCGACACUCGAUAGGGAAGCCCUAGCGAAAUUGGGGCCCCGCGAUAUUAUUCUCUGCCAACGACCUCCACCUCUUCGGCACCAGUUCUUCCGUAACGUGCUACCAGAUGUCUCUGUCGUGGCCUGUUCUGCUUGUGCCAAGGUCUUCCACAGCGAUGACUACGAAAUGCAGACACUCCAAUAUGGCUACUGUCCUUUCUGUCAAACACCAGUUGAAGGACUUUCUCUCUAACGUACUCUGCGAACCGCGGCAGUUUGCUUGCAACACCGGCACACAGCAUCGGAAGCUAAUGAGCCGCCGAGGAUUCUCAUAACGGG